AUGUCUUAUUCCGUCAAACCGGGCAACGUCACCUCGCAGAAUGACCUGGCCGUCGUCACCACUAGCGAGUCCUUGGAUUACUCCCCGUACACGGAGCGACCAGAGACGUACAUCGUGCCUGUCGUGUUCGCCGUCAUCUUCAUCGUCGGCGUGCUAGGCAACGGCACGCUGGUGUUCAUCUUCGUGAGGCACCGCAACAUGCGCACCGUGCCCAACACGUACAUCUUCAGCCUGGCGCUGGGAGACCUCCUGGUCAUCAUCACCUGCGUGCCCGUCACCUCCACCAUAUACACGGUCGAGUCGUGGCCCUACGGCGCCGUCGUCUGCAAGCUCUCCGAGUACUUCAAGGACGUGUCCAUCGCGGUGUCUGUGUUCACGCUCACCGCGCUCAGCGCCGAGAGGUACUGCGUCAUCGUCAACCCCAUCCGCCGGCACGUCGGCGGCGGCCACGUCACGGCCAAGCCCGUGACGCUCGUCGUCGCCGUGGGGAUAUGGGUCCUGGCGGUGGUCUUCGCUCUGCCGUCGGUCCUGUUCUCCGACCUUGAGAGCCGUCUGGUAGGCGGGAACCACACUAUCGUGUUCUGCACGCCUUUCCCGCACGACUAUGGCAUGAUCUACCGCCAGGCGAUCGUGAUGUUCAAGUUCCUGGCUUACUACGCGAUCCCUCUGAUCGUCAUCGCGUUCUUCUAUGUGCUGAUGGCUCGCCACCUGGAGCUCAGCACGAGAAACAUGCCCGGCGAGCUCCAGGGCCAGUCGACGCAGGUGCGAGGGCGGAAGAAGGUCGCCAAGAUGGUGCUCGCCUUCGUGUUCAUCUUCAUCGCCUGCUUCCUCCCCUACCACACGUUCUCCCUGUGGUUCCACUUCUCCCCGACGUCGGAGCAAGACUACGAUGACUACUGGCACGCGUUCCGCAUCAUUGGCUUCUGCCUGAGCUUCAUCAACUCGUGCAUCAAUCCAGUGACGCUGUACUGCGUCAGUGGCACCUUCAGGAAGCACUUCAACAGGUACCUGUUCUGCUGCUGCGGCGGCCCGGGCAGUCGCGGGCGCGCCUUCUCGCGCAAGGGCGACGGCAGCAGCACCGUGUGCGAGACGUCGUCACACACCAUGGUGCACUUCCACAGCACCUUGCGGCGCCACCACAAGCAGCAGCUGGAGGACGGCCUGAGCUGCGACACCACCCACACGGCGCUGUUCGCCGCCGAGAAGACAUGA